GAUUGAGAGAGAGCACCGAAAAAGAAAUCAUGCGAUGCUGUGCAUUCCAAAGAACCGUUUGCCAUCGACACGUCAGCACAAGCUACGGCUAUGCUUGUAGGCAUAGCAUUGUUCACAGUGCGAACUUUGCACAAAAAACAUAAACAGAGAUUGCGAGUCGUGUUAUGAAAACGCACACAAGCGCUUGUUGUUCUAUGAAAUUGUUGGAGAGAGAGAGAGAGAGAGAGAGAGAGAGAGAACGAGACGCAUUGCAUCACCAACAAAUAGUUGACAUUCAACAGCUUGACAAAUAAAAUAUUCUCGUCAUUUUGAUAAUUCAUUGGUGCGCGAGCACACAACAAAACUACUUAUUGCGGCUUAUCUUAUUGAAACAACAAAUCGACAACGAUUCAGCAAAUCGACAGCAAAAUAUUGCAAAAUCAUUAUUUAGUGAACCAACGCGAUGGCCAUACAGUGUGGACUUUGUAAGAAUGUGAUGCCGUCGUCGAGUUUUCUCAGUCACAAAGAGCGUAAACAUUCGAUGGAACAACGAGUACCGUAUGUCAAAUUGCCGGACGAUGUGCUGAAAAGUGACACGGCCAAUGGGAAAUUGAUAAAAUGCCGUCAUUGCCCAAAUCGAAUACCUGAACAUGCAAUGGAACGUCAUUUACAACGUAGUCACGUCAAAUGCCAUUUGUGCGGUAAAAUACUUCAAAAAUUCAAUUAUGACCAACACAUGCAACAGAAACACGGCACCAAUUUAGUGGCAACGUCAAGUUUAUCACAAUCAAAGUCAUCGAUUCAAUCUGAUAGCGAUUUAGCAUCGACAAUGGGUUCAACGCGUGAUCCAUCACCGAUUCCAUAUCGACCACCGCCACCACAAACCUCAGGCAAACCAUUAAUGCCAUCACCUUCAAAGACCAAUAAUAAAUCCGAUGUCAUCCGUGUCAAUGAAUGGGAAUUACAUAAAUACAUUCGCCAAGGUCGAGUUUAUACUAAAAACGGUUGCCUUUACCUUCGCAAUGUUGAUCUAUUUUAAACCCAUACAUUUUAAGGCUCUGCCUACCCAACACAUUAUUCAAUCAUUUUCAAUCGAUUUUUUUUUCUUCUUUUAAACACAUUCGAAGUUUUUGUUUUCAUUUCUUAUUUUUUUAAGGGAAAAAAUCAAAUGUUUUCGCAAUUUUUUUUUAAACUGAAACUUACAUCAACUAUUUUCGAGUCAUGAAAAGUGAACCUAUUCAAAGAAAAGAAAUACUAUAUCGACGAACAAUGUUCCAAACAUUAACGAUUUACUGUAAUAAAAGUCAUGAAUUACUCAUCUGA